CGGAGCAGACGGGAGUUUCUCCUCGGGGUCGGAGCAGGAGGCACGCGCAGUGUGAGGCCACGCAUGAGCGGACGCUAACCCCCUCCCCAGCCGCAAAGAGUCUACAUGUCUAGGGCCUAGACAUGUUCAGCUUUGUGGACCUCCGGCUCCUGCUCCUCUUAGCGGCCACCGCCCUCCUGACGCACGGCCAAGAGGAAGGCCAAGUCGAGGGCCAAGACGAAGACAUCCCACCAAUCACCUGCGUACAGAACGGCCUCAGGUACCAUGAUCGAGACGUGUGGAAACCCGAGCCCUGCCGGAUCUGCGUCUGCGACAACGGCAAGGUGUUGUGCGAUGACGUGAUCUGUGACGAGACCAAGAACUGCCCCGGAGCCGAAGUCCCCGAGGGCGAGUGCUGUCCCGUCUGCCCCGACGGCUCAGAAUCACCCACCGACCAAGAAACCACCGGCGUCGAGGGACCUAAGGGAGACACUGGCCCCCGAGGUCCAAGGGGACCCGCAGGCCCCCCUGGCCGAGAUGGCAUCCCUGGACAGCCUGGACUUCCCGGACCCCCCGGACCCCCCGGACCUCCCGGACCCCCUGGCCUCGGAGGAAACUUCGCUCCCCAGUUGUCUUAUGGCUAUGAUGAGAAAUCAACCGGAGGAAUUUCCGUGCCUGGUCCCAUGGGUCCCUCUGGUCCUCGUGGUCUCCCUGGCCCCCCUGGUGCACCUGGUCCUCAAGGCUUCCAAGGUCCCCCUGGUGAGCCUGGCGAGCCUGGAGCUUCAGGUCCCAUGGGUCCCCGAGGUCCCCCUGGCCCCCCUGGAAAGAACGGAGAUGAUGGGGAAGCUGGAAAACCUGGUCGUCCUGGUGAGCGUGGGCCUCCUGGGCCUCAGGGUGCUCGAGGAUUGCCCGGAACAGCUGGCCUCCCUGGAAUGAAGGGACACAGAGGUUUCAGUGGUUUGGAUGGUGCCAAGGGAGAUGCUGGUCCUGCUGGUCCCAAGGGUGAGCCUGGCAGCCCUGGUGAAAAUGGAGCUCCUGGUCAGAUGGGCCCCCGUGGUCUGCCUGGUGAGAGAGGUCGCCCUGGAGCCCCUGGCCCUGCUGGUGCUCGCGGAAACGAUGGUGCUACUGGUGCUGCCGGACCCCCUGGUCCUACUGGCCCCGCUGGUCCUCCUGGCUUCCCUGGUGCUGUUGGUGCUAAGGGCGAAGCUGGUCCCCAAGGUGCCCGAGGCUCUGAAGGUCCCCAGGGUGUGCGUGGUGAGCCUGGCCCCCCUGGCCCUGCUGGUGCUGCUGGCCCUGCUGGAAACCCUGGUGCUGAUGGACAGCCUGGCGCUAAAGGUGCCAAUGGUGCUCCUGGUAUUGCUGGUGCUCCUGGCUUCCCUGGUGCCCGAGGCCCCUCUGGACCCCAGGGCCCCAGCGGCCCUCCCGGUCCCAAGGGUAACAGCGGUGAACCUGGUGCUCCCGGCAGCAAAGGAGACACUGGUGCUAAGGGAGAACCCGGCCCCGUUGGUGUUCAAGGACCUCCUGGCCCUGCUGGAGAGGAAGGAAAGCGAGGAGCUCGAGGUGAACCCGGACCCACUGGCCUGCCCGGACCCCCUGGCGAGCGUGGUGGACCUGGUAGCCGUGGUUUCCCUGGUGCAGAUGGUGUUGCUGGUCCCAAGGGUCCCGCUGGUGAACGUGGUUCUCCUGGCCCUGCUGGCCCCAAAGGAUCUCCUGGUGAAGCUGGUCGUCCCGGUGAAGCUGGUCUGCCUGGUGCCAAGGGUCUGACUGGAAGCCCUGGCAGCCCUGGUCCUGAUGGCAAAACUGGCCCCCCUGGUCCCGCCGGUCAAGAUGGUCGCCCCGGACCACCAGGCCCCCCUGGUGCCCGUGGUCAGGCUGGUGUGAUGGGAUUCCCUGGACCUAAAGGUGCUGCUGGAGAGCCCGGCAAGGCUGGAGAGCGAGGUGUUCCCGGACCCCCUGGCGCUGUCGGUCCUGCUGGCAAAGAUGGAGAGGCUGGAGCUCAGGGACCCCCUGGCCCUGCUGGUCCCGCUGGCGAGAGAGGUGAACAAGGCCCUGCUGGCUCCCCCGGAUUCCAGGGUCUCCCUGGCCCCGCUGGUCCUCCCGGUGAAGCAGGCAAACCUGGUGAACAGGGUGUUCCUGGAGACCUUGGUGCCCCCGGCCCCUCUGGAGCAAGAGGCGAGAGAGGAUUCCCUGGCGAGCGUGGUGUGCAAGGUCCCCCUGGUCCUGCUGGUCCCCGGGGGGCCAAUGGUGCUCCCGGCAAUGAUGGUGCUAAGGGUGAUGCUGGUGCCCCUGGAGCUCCCGGUAGCCAGGGCGCCCCUGGCCUUCAGGGAAUGCCUGGUGAACGUGGUGCAGCUGGUCUUCCAGGGCCUAAGGGUGACAGAGGUGAUGCUGGUCCCAAAGGUGCUGACGGCUCUCCUGGCAAAGAUGGCGUCCGUGGUCUGACUGGCCCCAUUGGUCCUCCUGGUCCUGCUGGUGCCCCUGGUGACAAGGGUGAAACUGGUCCCAGCGGCCCUGCUGGUCCCACUGGAGCUCGUGGUGCCCCCGGAGACCGUGGUGAGCCUGGUCCCCCCGGCCCUGCUGGCUUCGCUGGCCCCCCUGGUGCUGAUGGCCAACCCGGUGCUAAAGGCGAACCUGGUGAUGCUGGUGCUAAAGGCGAUGCUGGUCCUCCUGGCCCUGCCGGACCCGCUGGACCCCCUGGCCCCAUUGGUAAUGUUGGUGCUCCUGGACCCAAAGGUGCUCGUGGCAGCGCUGGUCCCCCUGGUGCUACUGGUUUUCCUGGUGCUGCUGGCCGAGUCGGUCCUCCUGGCCCCUCUGGAAAUGCUGGAGCCCCUGGCCCUCCUGGUCCUGCUGGCAAAGAAGGCGGCAAAGGUCCCCGUGGUGAGACUGGCCCUGCUGGACGUCCUGGUGAAGUUGGUCCCCCUGGUCCCCCUGGCCCCGCUGGCGAGAAAGGAUCCCCUGGUGCUGAUGGGCCUGCUGGUGCUCCUGGUACUCCCGGGCCUCAAGGUAUUGCUGGACAGCGUGGUGUGGUCGGCCUGCCUGGUCAGAGAGGAGAAAGAGGCUUCCCUGGUCUUCCUGGCCCCUCUGGUGAACCUGGCAAACAAGGUCCCUCUGGAGCAAGUGGUGAACGUGGUCCCCCUGGUCCCAUGGGCCCCCCUGGACUGGCCGGACCCCCUGGUGAAUCUGGACGUGAGGGAGCUCCUGGUGCCGAAGGUUCCCCUGGACGAGAUGGUUCUCCUGGCCCCAAGGGUGACCGUGGUGAGACUGGCCCCGCUGGACCUCCUGGUGCUCCUGGUGCUCCUGGCGCCCCUGGCCCCGUUGGCCCUGCUGGCAAGAGUGGUGAUCGUGGUGAGACUGGUCCUGCCGGUCCCGCUGGUCCUGUCGGCCCUGUUGGCGCCCGUGGCCCCGCUGGACCCCAAGGCCCCCGUGGUGACAAGGGUGAGACAGGCGAACAGGGCGACAGAGGCAUAAAGGGUCACCGUGGCUUCUCUGGCCUCCAGGGUCCCCCUGGCCCUCCUGGCUCUCCUGGCGAACAAGGUCCCUCUGGAGCCUCUGGUCCUGCUGGUCCCCGAGGUCCCCCUGGCUCUGCUGGUACUCCUGGCAAAGAUGGACUCAACGGCCUCCCUGGCCCCAUUGGGCCCCCUGGUCCUCGCGGUCGCACUGGUGAUGCUGGUCCUGUUGGUCCCCCUGGCCCUCCCGGCCCUCCUGGUCCCCCUGGUCCUCCCAGCGGUGGUUUCGACUUCAGCUUCCUGCCCCAGCCACCUCAAGAGAAGGCUCAUGAUGGUGGCCGCUACUACCGGGCUGAUGAUGCCAAUGUGGUUCGUGACCGUGACCUCGAGGUGGACACCACCCUCAAGAGCCUGAGCCAGCAGAUCGAGAACAUCCGGAGCCCCGAGGGCAGCCGCAAGAACCCCGCCCGCACCUGCCGCGACCUCAAGAUGUGCCACUCUGACUGGAAGAGCGGAGAGUACUGGAUUGACCCCAACCAAGGCUGCAACCUGGAUGCCAUCAAAGUCUUCUGCAACAUGGAGACUGGUGAGACCUGCGUGUACCCCACUCAGCCCAGUGUGGCCCAGAAGAACUGGUACAUCAGCAAGAACCCCAAGGACAAGAGGCACGUCUGGUUCGGCGAGAGCAUGACCGACGGAUUCCAGUUCGAGUAUGGCGGCGAGGGCUCCGACCCUGCCGAUGUGGCCAUCCAGCUGACCUUCCUGCGCCUGAUGUCCACCGAGGCCUCCCAGAACAUCACCUACCACUGCAAGAACAGCGUGGCCUACAUGGACCAGCAGACUGGCAACCUCAAGAAGGCCCUACUCCUCCAGGGCUCCAACGAGAUCGAGAUCCGCGCCGAGGGCAACAGUCGCUUCACCUACAGCGUCACUGUCGAUGGCUGCACGAGUCACACCGGAGCCUGGGGCAAGACAGUGAUCGAAUACAAAACCACCAAGACCUCCCGCCUGCCCAUCAUCGAUGUGGCCCCCUUGGACGUUGGUGCCCCAGACCAGGAAUUCGGCUUCGACGUUGGCCCUGUCUGCUUCCUGUAAACUCCCUCCAUCCCAACCUGGCUCCCUCCCACCCAACCAACUUUCCCCCCAACCCGGAAACAGACAAGCAACCCAAACUGAACCCCCCAAAAGCCAAAAAAUGGGAGACAAUUUCACAUGGACUUUGGAAAAUAUUUUUUUUCCUUUGCAUUCAUCUCUCAAACUUAGUUUUUAUCUUUGACCAACCGAACAUGACCAAAAACCAAAAGUGCAUUCAACCUUACCAAAAAAAAAAAAAAAGAAUAAAUAAAUAACUUUUUAAAAAAGGAAGCUUGGUCCACUUGCUUGAAGACCCAUGCGGGGGUAAGUCCCUUUCUGCCCGUUGGGCUUAUGAAACCCCAACGCUGCCCUUUCUGCUCCUUUCUCCACCCCCUCUUGGGGCCUCCCCUCCACUCCUUCCCAAAUCUGUCUCCCCAGAAGACACAGGAAACAAUGCAUUGUCUGCCCAGCAACCAAAGGCAAUGCUGAAACACCCAAGUGGCCCCCACCCUCAGCCCGCUCCUGCCCGCCCAGCACCCCGAGACCCUGGGGAGACCUGGGGUUCUCAGACUGCCAAAGAAGCCUUGCCAUCUGGCACUCCCAUGGCUCUUGCAACAUCUCCCCUUUGUUUUUGAGGGGGUCAUGCGGGGGGAGCCACCAGCCCCUCACUGGGUUCGGAGGAGAGUCAGGAAGGGCCACGACAAAGCAGAAACAUCGGAUUUGGGGAACGCGUGUCAAUCCCUCGUGCCGCAGGGCUGGGCGGGAGAGACUGUUCUGUUCCUUGUGUAACUGUGUUGCUGAAAGACUACCUCGUUCUUGUCUUGAUGUGUCACCGGGGCAACUGCCUGGGGGCGGGGAUGGGGGCAGGGGGGAAGCGGCUCCCCAUUUUAUACCAAAGGUGCUACAUCGAUGUGAUGGGGUGGGGAGGGAAUCACUGGUGCUAUAGAAAUUGAGAUGCCCCCCCCAGGCCUGCAAAUGUUCCUUUUUGUUCAAAUCUAUUUUUAUUCCUUGAUAUUUUUCUUUUUUUUUUUUUUUUGUGGAUGGGGACUUGUGAAUUUUUCUAAAGGUGCUAUUUAACAUGGGAGGAGAGCGUGUGCGGCUCCAGCCCAGCCCGUUGCUCACUUUCCACCCUCUCUCUACCUGCUUCUGGCUUCUCAGGCCUCUGCUCCCUGACCUCUCUUCUCUGAAACCCUCCUCCACAGCUGCAGCCCAUCCUCCUGGCUCUCUCCUAGUCUGUCCUGCGUCCUCUCUCCCCGGGUUUCAGAGACAACUUCCCAAAGCACAAAGCAGUUUUUCCCCCUAGGGGUGGGAGGAAGCAAAAGACUCUGUACCUAUUUUGUAUGUGUAUAAUAAUUUGAGAUGUUUUUAAUUAUUUUGAUUGCUGGAAUAAAGCAUGUGGAAAUGACCCAAACAUAA